UGUUAAAAAAAUAAUAUUUUUCUCACUUCACCUAUUCUUGUAGUUUUAUGGUCAUUUUCAAAAACUAAUAAUUCUCUGCAACCAAAUUCAAACACCUAUUCUACAAUCAAAGCCAAACAACACAUGAUGGAAGGAAUUACAUGUUUUUCUAAAUCUGAUGCUAAAGAAGAGUGUGUUGAUGUAGAUUUAACACAAAUCUCUCUUAGACCCAUUGUUCUUUCUGAUCUUGAUGAUCUUAUGUUGUGGACCAGUGAUGAAAAAGUGGCCAAGUAUUGUACUUGGGAGCCUCACACCAACAAAGAAUAUGGCAUCAACUUCAUCCAAAACAUAGCAAGCAAAUCUCUAUGGUUCAGAGCAAUUUGCCUUCACGAUCGCGCAAUCGGGUGUAUUGAUCUCCGGUCGUGUUUGGGUAGAUGCAUGGACAAAUCUGCUGAACUUGGCUAUGCUCUGAGCUCUAAGUAUUGGGGGAAAGGAAUUGCAACACUUGUUGUGAAACAAGUGAUUGAAACAGCAUUUAAGGAGUUUCCAUAUUUAGAGAGGCUUGAAUCUCGAGUUGAUGUUGAAAAUAUAGCUUCUCAAAGGGUGUUGGAAAAAGCUGGUUUUCAGAGGGAGGGAGUUCUCAGGAAAUAUCUCUUCAUUAAGGGGAAAAGUAGAGAUAUGGUUAUGUUUAGUGUUUUAUCUAAUGAUUUUCAAGUUUGAUUUGUUUUUGAACAAGUUUUCAAACAUGACAACUAUUGUGUUAUGAUAUCUAAAAUGUAAAAGUAAGUUUAUUAGUGAUCAAAUUUUCCCAGCAUUCAUAACAAGGAUAAGCAUUCAAU